CGAGGCUAGGGAUAGAAACGAGGGAUGGCGUGAGAGCCAUUCGCGAGCACAAAUUUUUCUAAUCCGCCCCGCCGCUGCGUGCAUCAUUGAUGCACCACCCAAAGCAGAUUUUAUUACAAGCUAUAGUUUGGAGCCCUGCUUACGUAACCGGGGCGAGGAAAGCGCGAAGGGAAUCUACGUGGGUGGGAGCAAAGCAGCAGGCCUGCGCAACAUCACCUUCUAUAUAUAGCUCCAUCUCGCAGCCAUUUCUUCAUCGGCACUUUGAUGCACUCGCCGCGCAACGGAGUAAGGGAAACGAGCUGUUGGAGCUAUGGCGAGAUGGGGAAUGUUGAAGCUUGGUUCGGUUCUGGUGCUAUGCGGCUUGAUUCUGGCAUCUCAGGCUGCCAGGCCCGAGCCUGACCUACUGGAGAAUAACCGACUUAUUCAUCAGCAAUCGCUUGUCGACAAAAUCAAUGCUCAUCCGGGAGCAACAUGGAAAGCUGGCCUCAAUGAUCGAUUCGCAAAGCAUACAGUCGAGCACCUGAAGAAGAUGUGCGGUGCUAAGAUGACACCUGCUAACGAGGUGGAGCCUUCGAUCGAGAGGGUCACUCACAAGCACAAGAACCUCGAUCUCCCGACGGAGUUCGACGCUCGUAAACAUUGGAGUCAUUGUUCGACAAUUGGAGACAUUUUAGAUCAAGGUCAUUGCGGAUCAUGCUGGGCUUUUGGAGCAGUGGAGUCAUUGACUGAUCGCUUCUGCAUUCACUUGAACGAAAGCGUGUCACUAUCAGAGAACGAUCUCCUAGCUUGUUGUGGAUUUGAGUGCGGCGAUGGCUGUGAGGGUGGGUACCCCAUCAGGGCUUGGCAAUAUUUCAAGCGUACCGGAGUUGUGACCAGCAAGUGUGACCCAUACUUUGAUCAAAAGGGCUGCGGUCAUCCAGGUUGCUAUCCUACAUAUGACACACCCAAAUGUUUUAAGCGAUGCGUAGACGAUGAACUUUGGGUAAGUUCGAAGCAUCUGGGCGUGAGUGCGUAUGAAGUGUCCAUGGAGCCUGAAGAACUUAUGGCUGAGCUCUUCACCAAUGGCCCUAUUGAAGUGGCUUUUGACGUUUUUGAGGACUUCGCACACUACAAAACUGGGGUGUACAAGCACCUGUAUGGUGGAUACAUCGGAGGUCAUGCUGUUAAGCUGGUUGGUUGGGGAACCACAGAUGAUGGCGUGGACUAUUGGAGCAUGGUGAACUCUUGGAACACGAACUGGGGAGAGGAUGGCACCUUCCGUAUUUUGCGAGGAAAAGACGAGUGUGGCAUUGAAAGCAAUGCCGUGGCUGGUUUGCCAUCUAACAAGGGCCUCCAUUCUGCCAUGUGAGAUGUGUCACACGAUUCGUCUCUGGAUGUGCCGAUGUGUCCAUAUUGUUCUACUGUGUGGAAUUUUCAAGCUAAUGAGGAGUUGUAUUGGCAGAAAAGCAAGUGAUCGCUUCACUGUGAUCUUGCUUUUUCUGUACUACGCAAAGGUAGAUGCGAAUUCCUCGCAGUUUAGAUGUUCCAUAACUCAACCACACCUGGUAGAGUGUGCAUUUGAGACACCUUUCAAGCACCACGUAGAUAUAUUAGCUCUAGAAUACCAAGCGUUGGACCAUUUCGUGCCGUGUACAUUUUGUGCCAUUUGUGCCAUUUGUCAAUUAUCUACAAUUCUCUAAAACAUUGCCACAGGAACCACUCUGUUGAAGUCCA